AUGGUGCCUUGGCCUCAGUUGGGAAACUCCUAUUCUGUUCCUAAUAAGUACAUUGAAGAGGCUACCACACAACAGUCUACUAUGUCUGGAAAAGAUAAAGGAUCCCUCAUCAGUAAUGCCAUUUCCCCUGAAAGCAAGAUAGACCUUCUGCCACACUACUCUACUAUUGCACUGACUGAAGAGCUUAAAGAGCUGAGGGAAGAACAAAGCCCCUUGGAUAUCCCUAACAUUAAAAACUCAGGAAUCAAGUGGUCAGAGAGAGACACCUCAGAAGAAAUAACUGCUGUCUUCCGAGGGAUCCUAAAAGUGAUUCUCCUCCUGGGAUUUCUCUACUUAUUUGUCUGUUCCUUGGACAUGCUGAGCAGCGCCUUCCAGCUGGUUGGAGGAAAAAUGGCUGGAGAGAUUUUCCGUGAUGAUUCAGUGUUGACCAACCCUGUGGCAGGCUUGGUGAUUGGUGUGUUGGUGACUGUCAUGGUGCAGAGUUCCAGCACGUCCUCGUCUAUCAUUGUCAGCAUGGUGUCCUCUUCACUGUUGACAGUAAAGGCAGCAAUUCCCAUUGUGAUGGGAGCCAAUAUUGGGACUUCAGUCACAAAUACAAUGGUGGCCCUCAUGCAGGCUGGAGACAGGGAUGAAUUUCGAAGGGCUCUUGCAGGAGCUACUGUACAUGAUUUUUUUAACUGGUUGUCAGUGCUUGUGCUGCUGCCUCUGGAGGUGAUCACGGGCUACCUUUACCACCUCACCAAUGUUAUAGUGAAAUCCUUUAAUCUCAAGAGUGGAGAUGAUGCCCCUGAACUCCUGAAAGUCAUCACGGAUCCCUUCACAAAACUCAUCAUCCAGCUGGAUAAAAAAGUCAUAAACGAAAUUGCUACAGGAAAUGAAGCUGCGAGAAACAAGAGCCUGAUUAAAACUUGGUGUAAAAGUUUUAAAAAUGUGACUUUAAGCAACGUUACCGUUCCCUCACCAGAAAAUUGUACUUCUCCCACUCUCUGCUGGACUGAAGGGAACAUGACUUGGACCCUCAUGAACACAACCUAUGAAGAGAACAUUGAAAAAUGCAAACAUACCUUUGUGGACAUUAAUCUCUCGGAUCUGAGCAUUGGACUCAUCCUUCUUGCCCUCUCCUUGCUGGUCCUGUGCACUUGUUUGAUUUUAAUUGUUAAGAUCCUGAACUCUCUGCUCAAGGGACAAGUUGCUGCAGUGAUUAAGAAGACCAUCAACACAGAUUUCCCCUUCCCGUUUACCUGGCUGGCAGGCUACCUUGCCAUUCUUGUUGGAGCUGGGAUGACCUUUAUUGUGCAGAGUAGCUCUGUGUUCACUUCUGCAAUCACUCCACUGGUUGGCAUCGGUGUGAUCAGCCUCGAGAGAGCUUACCCUUUAACGUUGGGCUCCAACAUCGGCACCACCACCACUGCCAUCUUGGCUGCAUUAGCUAGUCCUGGAAAUACCUUACAAAAUUCACUCCAGAUUGCCCUGUGCCAUUUCUUCUUCAACAUCUCCGGAGUCCUUCUGUGGUACCCAGUCCCAUUCACACGCCUGCCGAUCCACCUUGCCAGAGGCCUCGGGGAUAUCACAGCCACCUACCGCUGGUUUGCCAUCAUCUACCUGCUCUUCUGCUUUGUCUUGACUCCACUGGCAGUGUUUGGCCUCUCCCUGGCAGGGUGGCCUGUGUUGGUGGGUGCAGGGGCACCCGUAUUAUUUCUAUUGCUUUUGGUCUUGAUCAUCAGGGUCCUGCAAGCCCAUUGCUCUCAAGUUCUCCCUAAGAAGCUGCAAAACUGGGAAUUCUUGCCCCUGUGGAUGCGAUCCCUGAAGCCCUGGGAUGGGCUGGUGUCUCUCCUUAUUGAUAACUGUUGUCAGCGAUGUUAUUGCUGCUGGCUGUGCCGCCUGCUGUGUAGAUGCCCCCCGAGUAGCCACUAUGAUAAGUGCAUCAAACUUGAAGAGGCCAAGGAGAUUUCCAUCAAGGUCUCUGAGCUUGAAGUAAUUGAACUUAAAAUUGAUGAGUCCCAGCCUGGGGUCAAGGCAUAG